GGUGACGGGCACACGGGACAGGAGGGAUCGACAGAACAGCAAUGAGCGGCAGUGCUUUAAAUCAGAGGAGGAGAUAGGAAGAGGGACAUCUCAGUUCCUUGUCAGUGUCUGUGUGUCACCGCCUGCUGUGUGCCCGACAGACAUGGAGCUACAGGAGACUUUGAUCACCUACAAGGAGAUCCUUCUAAAGUAUAUAUUUGAUGGCAGAAAGUUUGUGAAUGAAGCCUGCAAGGAGCUUGAACCAUGCCAUCUUAUAGCACUGACGUUUGCCUCCGCAUUGGUAACGGUGUGGAUUUACAAUUUUAUCUUCCAAAGAGAGAGUCUUACAUCACGGUGCAAAAAACAAAUUUUCCGAAUAAUAAGGAAACUGCCUUUUAUUGGCACAAAAAUCCAGAAGGAGCUGGAUAAAGCUUUGGAUGACAUGGCUCAUCUCGUAUUAAAUGUGAAAGAUGGCGUGAGCUUUGUGACGUCUCUGCCUCGCUCAGGACUGAAGCAGGACCAAGUCAUGGAAAAGCUGAAGGAAUAUUCUGCCCUAAGUAAGGUGUCUUGGGAAAAAGGGAAGGUUUCUGGGACUGUCUAUAGUGGAGAUGAGCAGCUAACUCAGCUGCUUGUAAAGGUGUAUGGAGAAUUUGCUUGGAGCAAUCCCUUGCAUCCAGACAUCUUUCCUGGGGUGCGUAAAAUGGAAGCAGAAGUAGUGAGAAUGGCAUGCACGCUCUUCAAUGGAGGCCCCGAGUCAUGUGGAACAGUCACAUCUGGAGGUACAGAAAGCAUAUUGAUGGCCUGCAAAGCCUACAGAGAUCUGGCAUUUGAGAAGGGAAUUAAAUACCCAGAAAUCAUCGCCCCUGUAAGUGCCCAUGCAGCAUUUGACAAGGCAGCUAAUUAUUUUGGAAUGAAGAUGGUACACAUUCCCUUGGACAAGAAGACAAUGAAAGUAGAUGUGAAGGCCAUGAGAAGAGCAAUUUCAAAGAACACAGCCAUGUUGGUUUGUUCAACCCCACAGUUCCCUCAUGGUGUUGUGGACCCUGUAGAAGAAGUCGCCAAGCUGGCUCUGAAAUACAAUAUCCCGUUUCAUGUGGAUGCCUGCUUGGGUGGUUUCCUCAUUGUGUUUAUGAAGAAAGCCGGCUUCCCCCUUCCACCAUUUGACUUCAGAGUGAACGGAGUGACCAGCAUCUCGGCGGAUACCCACAAGUACGGUUAUGCACCAAAAGGCUCUUCUGUAAUACUGUACAGCAGGAAGGACUACAGGCACUACCAGUACUUUGUAACAUCAGACUGGCCGGGCGGCCUCUAUGCCUCUCCCUCUAUAGCUGGCUCUCGGCCUGGUGGUAUAGUAGCUGCUUGCUGGGCCACAAUGAUGCACAUGGGAGAAGAUGGAUAUAUUGAAGCCACUAAAAAUAUCAUUACUGCUGCACGGUUCAUCAUAAAAGAGUUGCAAAACGUCAAGGAAAUCUUUAUUUUUGGGAAUCCAGAGGUGUCUGUUAUUGCACUGGGUUCAAAUGUUUUUGACAUUUACCGCUUGUCUAACUCUUUGACAGCUAAGGGCUGGAACUUGAAUACUCUUCAAUUUCCAUCUAGCAUUCAUAUAUGUCUUACACUGCUGCACACAAAACCUGGAGUUGCACAACUUUUUGUAACGGACGUUAAGGAAUCUGUGUCGGUGAUCAUGGAAGAUCCUGGAGCCAAAACCACUGGAGUGGGGGCCAUAUAUGGGAUGGCACAAACAAUACCUGACAGAUCUAUGGUGACCGAGAUCUCCAAAGCCUUCCUCGACUGCCUGUAUCUCACUGAAAUGCCUUCCAGUGCCAAACAGAUAAACGGUUCACCUGGGCACCACUGAUCACAACUACCUGUGGGCGGUACUCUCCAAAAUGGUUCGACGGAGCCAGGGCAGCAGGGUGGCACAUAGACUGCUUUUUAUUACAUUUACUUUUGUAGCCUUUUAAGGAACAGGUAUUUUUUGAUGAUCAUUUUUGUAUGCCCAGUGUGCAAGGUACUUGUUCUCAAUUUUUUCCUGAUUCAGGGUAAACACACAUAAUUUAUUUGGAGAAAAA